AGACUCAUAGUACUGCGCCGGUCGAAACGCCCCCUGCGCGACUUCUUCUGGGCGAACCCCCAGCCCGACGUCCCCGCACGCCCGCAGACCGUCCCACGCACGACGGGGCUUCCCUCCAUAUCCGGGCCCCCUGCCUCCGUCAUCUACGCGACCCUGCCCAUGCCGCCCGCCGCGCUCGCCGACCGCCAGCGGCGGAGACGUCGGACGCGCGGCGGGGACAUCGACGGGGGCGGGCGGCGGGGGAGGCUUGCGCACCCCGACGACCCCGACGAGUUCCUCCCGGUGUACGACGACAAGGACGUGCUGCCGAAGUACCAGGACGUGGAGCAGAUGAGCGGGGGCGGGAGUCGGAUGGGGGCCCUGCGUGGGUUGGUUGGGCUGGGCCACGGCAGCGCCGAGCAGAGGAUCCGGAGUAGGACGGGAGACACGAUCCCGCUGGUCGAGACCGCGGCGCUGGCUCCCAGCAGCACGACGCUGGACCGGCAACCGGUGUCGUCGGUGGGGUCGCACGAGGCUCUUCACGACAUGCAAGAGCUGACCGCGGAC